AUGAUUGUAACCAAGAUGCUACAGACUGGACUGACGCGCGCACUCGGAAAGUCUCUACGCUUUACACGCUCCUUUUCGACGGGUGCAAUACCGUACUAUGAUGUAGUGGUGAUUGGUGGAAGUGUCAUGGGCUUUUCAACGGCUUACCACCUCGCUAUUGAGGCUCCUAACUUAAAAAUUGCCGUAGUGGAGAAGGACCCUUGCUACAAGUACGCAUCUGCUAUUCUCUCCGCUGGUGGUAUCCGUCAUCAAUUUUCAGAGACAGAGAAUAUUGAAAUGAGUCUCUACGGCACUGAAUUCCUUCGCAACAUUGGCACGAACAUGAAGGUGGACGGUCACGACGCUCCAGAUGUACAGUUCGUUGAAGGUGGAUAUAUGUUUUUAGCAAGCGAGCACGGAGCGGAUAUUCUCCAUAAAAACUAUACCACACAAAAAGCUGCGGGCGCAGAUGUGCAGCUGCUGGACCCGGUGGCGCUGAGACAGCGCUUUCCGUGGAUUAACACAGAAGGCGUUGAGAAAGCUGUCCUAGGUAUGAAGGAUCAGGGCUGGUUCGAUCCCUGGGCAUUCCUAAAUGCCAUGAAGCGCAAGUGUGUGUCCCUGGGUGUACAUGUCCUAGAAGGUGAGGUCAAGCACUUUGAACUUGAUGGACAAAAUCAGAUCAAACAGGUGCACAUCGAGGUCAACAAUUCGCAUAAAUGUGGAGGCACGCAUUUCAAUCCGGUUCGUACGGGUGUCGUAGUAAAUGCUGCGGGGUGCUGGUCGAGCAAGUUAUUAGAGGCCUGCGGUGUCUUCAAUUAUCCGGUGAGACCUCGCAAGCGCUCCGUUUUUGCUUUCCACUGUGAUGCGGAAGAAAUCUGGAAGGGCGAUGCUGCAACUCCACUCGUGGUGGAUACAAACGGAGUUUACUUUCGACGUGAAGGUUCAGGUGGUCGUUUCGUGUGUGGCUGGUCACCCGAACCUGAGAAUGAUUAUGAUGGACAGUCUACGGACGAGCUGGACUUUCCUGAUCACGAACAUUUUGAGGAGCAGGUGUGGCCAACGAUUGCUCACCGCGUUAAGCAGUUUGAAGCUGUCAAGAUCGUGAGUGCGUGGGCUGGCUUCUACGACUACAAUACCUUUGACCAGAAUGCGAUUAUUGGCCUGCAUCCAGACGUACCAAAUAUGUACCUCGUCAACGGGUUUAGUGGUCACGGCCUGCAGCAGUCUCCUGCUGCUGGUCGUGCGAUUUCAGAGCUAGUUCUCUACGGAGUUUUUCAAACGAUCAACUGCUCACGCUUUAGCUUCGAUCGUGUACGUGCGGACGAGCCGUUCUUAGAGCAGGGAAUCGUGUAG